AACUCAGCACGGAGACUGGCUGCUUUCUCUGUGCAGGGCUGCAAAUGCGGUUCGGAUGACGGCCUCUUUUCAUUGGCAGACGGAAACGCCGAAACAUAGUAACCAGCAUUGAGAGGAUUAUUUAAAAAAAUCUGUCAGAAGGGAUAUGUGCAUUUUCUGGGCUGUUUUUUGUAUGUGAUUGACAAACACUGGCGCUGUGCUCAUGAGCUUGCUGGGUGGCUACAAGAAAAAGAGCAAUUACGAUGGAUAUGAAUCUUUGCAGUUGGUCGAUAGCAGCGGUGACUUCAAUAACGGGGAGAGAGGCGGAAGCGCGCACGGCGGCAGCCCGACACCAGCAAACCUCGAAGCGCAGGCAGGCCCAGUGACACCGGACGACUACAGCACCAUGGACAGCUCAGAUAUGGACGCCAGCUAUGGCGGGGGUCUCUUGGACAUGGUCAAGGGGGGAGCCGGCAAGUUUUUCAGCAACAUUAAGGACAACCUCAAAGACACCCUGAAGGACACCUCCACCAAAGUCAUGCACCAGGUGGCAACCUACACAAAAGGAGAGCUGGACAUUGCCUACAUCACCUCCCGAAUCAUCGUGAUGUCAUACCCAGCCGAGGCUGUGGAGAUUGGCUACAGGAACCACAUCGAAGACGUGCGCUCCUUCCUGGACUCGCGGCACCCGGACCACUACACAGUGUUCAACCUUUCCCAGAGGAACUACCGCGGGGCCAAGUUCUCCAACAGGGUCUCUGAGUGCAACUGGCCCUCCCGGCAGGCCCCCAGUCUCCAUAACCUGUUUGCUGUGUGUAAGAACAUGCACAACUGGCUCAAACAAAACCCCAAGAAUGUUUGCGUGAUUACCUGCACGGAUGGCCGAGCCCCCUCAGGUGUCCUGGUCUGUGCCAUGUUCUGUUUCUGUCACCUGUUCAACAACCCGGUCCCCGCCAUGCAGCUGCUCAGCGCCAAGAGGCCCGGCUCGGGGCUGUGGCCCUCUCACAGGAGGUACAUUGGCUACAUGUGCAGCAUGGUGUCGGAGAAGCCCACGCUGCCCCACACCAAAGCCCUGGUUAUCAAAGCGGUCACAAUGAGCCCCGUGCCCUGCUUCAACAAACAGCGUAGCGGCUGCCGGCCUUUCUGUGACAUCCUCAUCGGGGAAACAAAGAUCUUUUCAACGGCGCAGGACUACGAGAGGAUGAGAGAGCACAGGGUCCAAGAGGGCAAGGUGGUCUUUCCUCUGGGCGUGAGUGUGCACGGAGACGUGGUGGUCUCCGUCUAUCACAUGAGGUCCACCCUCGGGGGGCGGCUGCAGGCCAAGGUGACGAACACACAGAUAUUCCAGCUACAAUUCCACACUGGGUUUAUUUCUCCAGGCACCACGGUCUUAAAGUUUACAAAGCCGGAGCUGGAUGCCUGUGAUUCACCAGAGAAGUACCCCCAGCUGUUCCAUGUGGUGCUGGACAUUGAGGUGGAGAGUGCAGACAGACAGAAGGACUUGACCCCGCCUUGGGAACAGUUCCCCAGCAAGGACCUGAGUCCCAAUGUCCUCUUCUCCUGCCACCAGGAGCACCAAGACGCCCUGGCCAUUGCAGACCCCGGCAGGACCCUCGGUGGCUCGGAUGGCCGCCCGGGGCAGGGCAACGAGGAGAGUGAGCCGUCGGACGACGAGAUGCUGUCCCUGUCCAGCCAGCAGAGCAACGCUAGCAACGAGAAGCCCGGCGGGGCCCAGGCCACGCCCAAAGGGGCCAAGAAACCCGAGGUCCAGCCCGCCCCCGCCCCUCCCCCGGCCGAAGACGUGGACCUGCUGGGGCUGGACGGGGACCCGGAGGAACCGCUCUGCUCCUCCCCCCAGCCCCCCACCAACACCGACCUGCUGGGAGACCUGUUCGGCGCCAGCCCUCAGCCGGGCAGCGGCUCCACCUCCGCCCAUUCCACCCCCCGGAAAUCGGCGCCCUCCCCCUCGCCCUGUCCUUCGCCCCGCCCUGCCGACAGUUUCGACCCCUUCGGGUCUGGAUCCAGCCCCAAACCGCAGGACUUUAUGGGCUCGUUUUUGGGGCCAGGUAAUGUGGGGCAGCCGGACCCUUUCCUGCAUGUGGCACGGUCCCCGUCACCCACUAUGCAGAAUACAGGCAUGGGACGUAACUCUCCAGUACACCCUACCACCCCAACUGUCAACAUUCAGCAGCAGAACCCGAUGGGAGCGUGGGAGUGGAACAAACCUGCAGCUCCAGCAGGCUUUGGAAUGGGAAGCAGGUCAGCCAGCACCAGUCCCACAGGGUCUAUGCACAACACACCUACUCAUCAGGCCAAGCCUAACACGCUGGACCCCUUUGCUGACCUUGGCUCUCUGGGGGCCAGUCUGGGAGGGGGGUCUGGAUUCUCUAGCAAGCCCACCACCCCAACAGGCUCGGGGGGCACCUUCCCCCCGAUGGGGUCUCCCCAGCGGCCCUCCCCACAGCACACGGCGGGCGGGGGCUGGCAGCCCAGCGGGGGCUUCCCCUCCUGGCAACAGGGCGGGGGCACGCAGUGGCAGCCCCAGCAGCAGCAGGGUAAACCGGCGCCCCCGCCCAUGCCCCACUCCUCCCCGCAGAAUCGGCCCAAUUACAAUGUCAGCUUCUCCGGCAUGGGCGGCGCUGCCCCCAGUGCUGCUGGGAAACAGCCCCAAACCUUUGGAACCAAACCCAAGAUGACUGACGCUAAUUUUGAUGACCUGCUGUCGGGACAAGGCUUCGCCGGUGGCAAGGAAAAGAAGGGCCCAAAGACUAUAGCCGAGAUGAGAAAGGAGGAGAUGGCCAAGGAGAUGGACCCAGAGAAGCUGAAGAUCCUGGACUGGAUCGAGGGGAAGGAGCGGAACAUCAGAGCCCUGCUCUCCACCAUGCACACGGUGCUGUGGGAGGGGGAGACCCGCUGGAAGCCCGUGAGCAUGGCUGACCUGGUCACUCCGGAGCAGGUCAAGAAGGUGUACCGCAAGGCCGUGCUGGUGGUCCACCCGGAUAAAGCCACUGGGGAACCCUACGAACAGUACGCCAAGAUGAUUUUUAUGGAGCUGAAUGACGCCUGGUCAGAAUUUGAGAGUCAAGGACAAAAACCUCUGUAUUGAAAUGUGAGAGAAUUUCUGCUGUGCUCUCCUCCCCUCCUUGUGACCCCCCUCAACCAAUAAUGUUCCUGAGAUGUGUGCUGUAAUCCCCUCCGCUCUUACUGUCACACUUGCAACAUUUCUUUUCCAUAGAAAAAAUUAAUAUACAGAUUUACUGUGUAGGUGUGUAAGCAUAGGACUUACCUAUUUACCUGGUGCACAGUAUCCAAUGGGAGAUGUGGAACUUUUCUUACAUGUUGAGCAGUCUUAACUUCCCACACAACCAAGGAGAGCAGAGUGGUCCAGUCUUAAAUGAG